UUGAAGGAUGACGGUAAAACUCCACGACAACCAUCGCUUAGUUUGCUUGGAAAAUAUACAAAAGUUGCUGUAGCUGCUGACAAUGUUUUUUGUUCUGAAAUUGGACGAGAUAUCCUAUUACAAGGCGGUAAUGCUGUUGAAUCAGCAAUUGCAACUUUAUUCUGUAUCGGUAUUAUGGAUGCACAUUCAACUGGAAUUGGUGGUGGACACUUUAUGACCAUCUAUAAUGCGUAUCUAAAUCUUUUAUUUAUUAUCUUCAACUACAUAACAACAACAAAAGAAUGUACAGUUGUUGAUGCUCGAGAAGUAGCACCAUUGGCAGCCACAAAGAAUAUGUAUGUUAAUAAUAGUAACUCGUCAAAAAAAGGAUGGCUUGCAAUUGCGGUUACUGGCGAAAUUCAUGGUUACUGGAGAGAAUAUACAACAUUUGGUGGUAAUAUUGAAUGGAAACAACUUUUGCAACCAACUAUAAAACUACUCGAUGAAGGUUAUCCAACAUCAUAUGUGCUGGCAAAAGCAUUGAACGAUACCAGUGAAUGGAUUUACAAUGAGCCAACAAUGAAACCAUUUAUUAAUCCACUUACUGGCAAAGUGUAUGCACAUGGCGAACAAAUUAAAACCCGAACAAAGUUAUCUGAAUUUCUAAAACAACUAGCCAAUUCGUCAAAUCCGCAACAGUUAUUCUACAAUAGUUCUUUUACUGAAACAAUGGCAAAUGAAAUACAGAGAAAUGGAGGUAUUUUAACAUUAGAAGAUUUUCACAGAUAUACAUCCAAAAUGUAUAGCGGCAGUGAUAUAAUUUAUACGGAAUUGAGUAAUGGCCGUCGAAUGUGUGGACCACCGCCUCCAUCCGGAUCUGCAGUAACACAAGCAAUAAUAAAUAUUAUGGAUGGUUAUUUUGCUGAAGAAGGUGCUGCAAACGGUGAUUCAGCAGAAAUUCUUCAUCGGUUUAUCGAAGCUUCAAAGUUUGCCUAUGCUGCAAGAAGUCACUUAAGCGAUAUGGCUUUUAAUUCAACAGCUCUUGAAGUGGCCAAAAAUAUCACCUCUGCUGAAUAUGCUAGUUAUGUUAGAAGUCAAAUUACGAAUAAAGCUCAUGAAGACGCAUAUUAUGGAGGUGAUUUUGAGGAUACUACAAAUCAUGGAACAUCAAAUUUGGUCAUUAUUGACGCAGAUGGUAACGCUGUUGCUGUUACUUCCACUAUUAAUACGGAUUUUGGUGCCGGCGUCAUUUCAGAAUCUACCGGUGUACUGUGGAACGACGAAAUGGAUGAUUUUAGUACACCAGGUCAAUCAAAUUAUUAUGGUUAUGCACCAUCAAAAGCCAACUUUAUUGAGCCUGGAAAACGACCAAUGAGUAGCGCUAGUCCAACAAUUAUAUUCAAUCCUAACGAUCCAUUGGAUACACUUGGUGUUGGUACUUCAGGAGGUUCAAAAAUUAUUACUGGAACCUCAUAUGUAGCAAUUCGCACCAUGUGGCUCAACGAAAACGUUAAGCAGGCAGUUGAUGCAGUUCGAGUUCAUAAUCAACUGACACCAAAUAUAGUGUUUUAUGAAGAUGGCUUUGAUAAAGAUUACCACAAAGAUUUGGAACAUCGUGGUCAUAGGCUACAACUGAAGUCUAAUCUCUCGGUUGUUACUGUAGCUAGAAAAUUCAAAGAUGGAUGUAUCUAUGCGAACAGCGAUUACCGAAAAGGAACAGAAAGUGAUCCAGCUGGUUACUGA